CAUCUCCCAGAUGGCUCUGCGCCCAGUGCACAUGUUGAAUUUUAUCUUUUACCAUAUCCCAGUGAAGUUCGUAGGAGGAAAACAAAAUCUGUUCCAAAAUGUACAGACCCCACUUACAAUGAAAUUGUAGUAUACGAUGAAGUCACAGAGCUUCAAGGACAUGUCUUAAUGCUUAUUGUGAAGAGCAAAACUGUGUUUGUGGGAGCAAUUAACAUCCAACUCUGUAGUGUCCCGCUCAAUGAAGAAAAAUGGUAUCCACUAGGAAACAGUAUAAUUUGACCACUGCUAUGAACAUAUGUAUUAUUCAUUAAUUACCUGGUUUUUUUUUUCUUUUCUAGACCUCAUUAUCACAUAAGCCAAGCAUCUUUGUUGUCAAAAAUAGCAUAGGGUAUUAAGGACACUAGAAAAAAAAAUCAGAAUCAGUCUUUUGUUGUUGUUUAUUUACUCUUAUGCUUUUAUUGUUUCUUUGACUCUUUUCUCCUUAAAUGGAGUGCUAAUUAUAUAAAAUUUAAUAUGUAAAAUAACUAGUGGACAUUUAAUUUAAAUAUACCUUUUAAAU